UUAUUUUGCGUGAGACGCUUGUCUUGGACCUAUUCUUGCACAUAAACCCUCCUUGGUUCACGCACACCGUACAUUCAUUUGGAACUGCGGGUCCAAGAACAUGAUUGCCCUCGCGAUCAUCGUCGUCAUUCUUACGUAUUCACAGCUAUGGGAUCCGGUCAACGGAUGCCCCAACUGGGCAUGCAAAAAGGAUGUGAUUAUUCACCUGAAACAUCGCGUAAAGUACAACGAUCGUCUCCUCGCCUGCAGAUACCAACCGCAACCUGAGGACCCUUGCCCGUGCUAUAAUACAGAAGAAGACGGGGCAGACUGUUUGAUCAUUGUUGAUGCUGCGUUUGGCUGGUGCUUCAGAGGGGAAUGUUACGGAUACUACGACUACCACUCUCUGAAGAAAGCACAUGGGGUGAACUAUAAUAUACCGUGCAAAAUUCCGCAGGAUUAUACGAACUUCGUUUCAGGUGCGAGUUUCGGCUGCAAAUAUACUUGCAAGACCAAGCCUCACGGCCUUGUCAAUCAGCCUGAUGGGACUUACUGUUGGGACCCACGGAAUGCAUCUUCUGGCCAUUGUAAAGGAGGCUUUUGCACGAAGGUUCACUAUAGCUGAAGAUAUCGAGAGGUAGCUUCGGUUGUCAAUGCCUCUAUGGAAUAAAAGCUAUUUGCAUCCUUGUG